UAAGAGAGAGCCUUUGAUUGAUUAAAAGAAGAAAGAAAGCAAAUUAAAAAAGAGAGAGAGAGAGAAGAAGAAGAAAAGGAGGAGAGAGGGGGUUUCGGUACGCCUUUCCCCAUCUUUCUAGGGCAAGGAUUUCUGGUUAUUCUUCUCCGAAGAGAUGCUCGAAAAUCCUUCUGAUACAACCACCACCGUAAAGCGUUACGACCCUCCUCAAAGGAACCGAGUCCCCAACAGGCGUAAAUCUGGAGAUCGCUUUGAGAGGACCAACUCUCUCGGAAAUGACGGAGACAAGAAUCAAGUUACAUCUUCAAAAAACAACACUCGUGCUUUAGAUCAUGGGGAGGCAGGUAUCAACACUCUUCCAAGCGAGAACCCGCUUCCUGGGUUGAUACCUAUAAAUGGGUGUUGUAGCAGUGAAGCUGCCCAGCUUUUGAAUGAGCGUUGGGCAGCUGCUAUGCGCUUGCAUAAUGAUCCGCUAAUAGAUUUAUCUGAAAGACCAGUUAUGUACUCGGGAGCAAGUGGGUCAGCAUGGGGGCACUCGAAACUUCCUCCACAGAUUGACUUCUUGGCAGAACUGCGACGUGCGAUGCGUAAUAGUGCCAAUGCUGGCAAAAUGCUGAAUGCUGCAGAUCACAGCUAAGUCACGGAGGUAACAAUGGAAAUGUUCCAAGGCUCAUAGCAAAUGCCCAAUCACCUCUGUUUAUUAAACCAAAGCUGCUUUUUUUUUUCCCUUUCUUUUCUUUUCUUCUCCUCCUCCUCCUCUUCUUCUUCUUCUUCUUCUUCUUCUUUUGAACUUGUGGACCAAAGUGAUCUGGGUAAGACUUGUAUGUACACACUUUUUUCUGAAUCAAACAAACCAUGCAUGGACCUUGUUGUA